AUGGCUACCAAAAUAUCCUUCCAUGCUCCCAUCAAAUCGAUUGCAUUCUGCGGAUCUUCUAACAUAGCUGCGCUAUUCGAGAACAACGUCAAAUUGGCGUCUACAACAACAGGAACUCACUUUGCCACAUUUGAGAUGAAUCAGUACUCGACAGAUGUCCACGGUUGUGAUGAUUUCUUAUAUGUAGCCAACCGUAAGGAAUGGGUCUUUUGGACUUGCGAACCUUCAAAAUGCUCCCGGUGA